AGGAUUUAAGCAUCAGACAGAUAAGGAUUUACACGGCAAGCAAAGAUGAUUGUUUAUUUCUUUCUAGUAUUUCAGCUGUCAGCAGCAAGUGAUUGGUCCUAUGAAGGUCUACAUGGACUAGGCCAUUGGGACAAAGAGUACCCGGACUGUGGCCGACAUCAUCAGUCACCUAUUGAUAUACCAAAUAACCCAACCUUAGAUCAAUCUAUUUUUAUGAAUUUUAAUGGAUUUGAAAACACAAAUGAGUUCAGUCUCACUCUUCGGAAUAAUGGACAUACAGCUGUCGUCAAAGUGGAUUCAGCAAAUCACAGUGUGUUUCUUACGGGAAACCAUCUUCCGGGAAUUAUCUUUAAAACCAUGCAAUUCCAUUUCCACUGGGGAAAAGACAGUACCUCUGGAUCGGAACAUUUGGUAAAAGGUCAAUCGUUUCCAUUGGAGAUGCAUAUUGUGAACUACAAUUACCUUGCUUACAAAUCAAUACAGGAAGCAAUGAAACACAGCGAUGGAUUGGCUGUCAUCGCCAUUCUCUUUGAGACAACAGAAGAAGACAACGAAGACUUGAGACCGCUUAUUGAAGGUUUAGAAAAAGUAAAAUCCAAAGAUUCUGAAUGCAGUAUCGAUUCCUUGUCUCUUUCAAAACUUCUGCCGAAAAACACCCGAUGUUUCUACAGAUACGACGGGAGUCUCACCACACCUGGUUGUUUCGAAAGUGUAACAUGGACAAUUCUGUCACAAACGCAAACAAUUUCAGAGAGACAGCUGGACAAGUUCAGAGCCCUUUGUGACGAUAAUGGACAUCAUCUUAUUAAGUUCAACAACCGUCCUAUUCAGGGCAUUCAUGGAAGAAAGAUAUACACCACAUGUAAAGACCAAGAGCUUUGGAAUAACAAUUUUUAGACUUUCGUUUAAAUGAAACAUCUUUAAUUGAACGUAUUAAUUAAACUACUUCAAUGGAUUGAUAAUAAAUAUUUAUAGUGA